AUGGCCUCGAAAAAGCAGCUCUCCGCCGACGCGCCGGCGUUCGCGCCAGUCUCGACGCCUCCAAACAAUGACGAGACGAUCCCCGUCGCACCAGCAGCGGUAGAGGACCAGCGCGCCGUCGUCGCGGACAAGCUGCGGCGCCUGCAGCACGCGCAGCGCGCGCAACUCAAGGCCAUGCUGCCGAAGCUGCCCGAGGGCCCGGCGAAGCUCCAGCUCAAGAAGAAGAUCUGGGCGAUCGAGAAGGAGCUCUUCCCGAAAGAAGCCGCAGCGCCGCCGCCGCGGCGCGCGAUCGAGGCCGUCGCCGCUGAGGCGCUGCCCGCGCCGAGCUCGCGCGCGACGGCGCUCCUGGGCAAGUACAGCGCCACGGCGGCCGCGCGGCGCGCGUCGUCCGACGUCGACAUCGUCGUGCCCGCGCGGCGCGCGCCGGCGGCGCCGCCCGCGAGCGCCGGCACUGUAAAAGCGUCGGCGUCCGACAUCCUGCGGCGCUACUCGUCGUCGGCGGCGGCCCAGCGGAAGGACGAGGCGUCACAGUACGCGGCGCACGGCUACUGCCUCCUCAAGGGCUGGCUCGCCGCCGAUGCUGUGGAAGCGCUGCGCGAUGAUUUGAAGAGCAGCCGGCGGGCGCACGGCCUCGACGAUGAUGCAUUAGAAGCGAGGGACCUGAACGUCGACUUUAUUGGAUUAUCUGUCAAGGACCGGCUCGGGGCCGAUAGCACGGCCCGCACCGAGGCGUGGGCCUACCGGCGGCUGAGGAGGGCCGCGACGUCUAGAGAAGACGGUUUUGUGAGUGAACGCUGUGUUUUAGGAGCGCUCGCGGCGGCCGCGCAGCAGGCAGCUGGUUUCGAACGCCCGCAUCUACUGUCGGAGGUCUUCGUCGUGAAGCCCGCUCUUAGUAAAACGAGUUUUGAUUGGCACCGCGACGACGCCAAGCAAUUGGAGAAGGUCGGUGGUAUUGAGAGUGCUGAGGCCUUUUGCUCGACCUGGGCGCCGCUAGAUGACUGCACCGCCGCUUCCGGAACCCUGGAGCUCCGAUCAAAAAAAACGGGCGCGUCUCAAGUCAUCGAAUGCGAACCCGGCGACGUCGUCGUCUUCGCCAAGGACGCCUGGCACCGUAGUUCUGCGAAUGCCUCCGAUGGCGACCGUUCGGUGCACUACGCCCAGUUCUCUCCGACACCGUUGCUACUUGAUGGGAGGCCGCUCUGGUUCGCCGUGCCGUGCGAACCGACAAGAGAAUCGGUCGACGAGACGCGGAGCAGAGCCGACGCUUGUACCGUAAUGCCGCGCGUCGUGCGCAACGCUCUCUCGAAACCGUGGGCGCUGCCUGAUGACGCACUUUCCAUAAAGUGCACGGUGUUCCGGUCGCCGCAAGGAAAAUUCUGCCUCGACGGCACGCGCCACCCCGAUGCCUUAUUGACGCAGUCCAUGGCGUCCCGAGGAGUCGUUGGAGACGUCCUCUCGUCGGAGGUGGCGGCCUACGCCGUCCUCGACGACCUCGGUGAUGGUAAGGCGCUCGCGCUGCCGGCGUGCCCUUUGCCAGAUCUGAGUGGUACAAGGCCGCCGCAGUUCUUUAUUGCGCACGGAAAAUGUGAGACGCAAUUACAUCGCGACGCCUUCGCGAACUGCUACGUGUGUUUACAUGGAGAGCGGACGUGGACGAUCGCCCACGCGGCCCACGGUUAUCUGGAGCGGGCGCCGGGCGCCGUCUCGGGCGACGACGACGGCCGCGUCCGGAAGGUCUCCGUGACGCUGCGCGCCGGCGACGCGCUCGUCCUGCCGAAGGACUGGUGGCACGCCGUCGCGGCGGCCGACGGCGCGGGGGGCUACUCGGCGGCGGCGAACUUCUAUUUCGACCAUGAGGUCGAAGGGGCGCCGGCGGCGAAGCGGCGUAAAUUGUGA